CCGCCCGUUCCCGAGGCAGGCCGCCCGUUCCCGAGGCAGGCCGCCCCUUCCCGAGGCAGGCCGCCCCUUCCCGAGGCAGGCCGCCCCUUCCCGAGGCAGGCCGCCCCUUCCCGAGGCAGGCCGCCCCUUCCCGAGGCAGGCCGCCCCUUCCCGAGGCAGGCCGCCCCUUCCCGAGGCAGGCCGCCCAUUCCCGAGGCAGGCCGCCCAUUCCCGAGGCAGGCCGCCCCUUCCCGAGGCAGGCCGCCCCUUCCCGAGGCAGGCCGCCCCUUCCCGAGGCAGGCCGCCCAUUCCCGAGGCAGGCCGCCCAUUCCCGAGGCAGGCCGCCCCUUCCCGAGGCAGGCCGCCCCUUCCCGAGGCAUGCACAUCCGCGGCGCGUAG